AUGGCACAACAUUCCGACAUUGCACGGUCGGCGAUCAUGUCGUCCGCCACUUCAGAUCCUGCAGCCCCGGGGGAUCAGAGGAAUAUGAACCAACGACCCAACGGCAUCAGCUCAAAGGGAGCUGGGCUUGGCUCGGGUAAAGAAGGAGCAACUUUGAUUCCACCUCCGAAAACUGUGGUCGGAAGAGCGCUAGGCAAUGACUUGCAUUCCGAUGCCCACAAAGCCUCACAGGCGCCCAAGGGCGGAGUCGGAACCGCCCUGACUGACACUCCGAUUUCUACCGCACCCCCGUCCCCACAGAUAUCAGGUCGUACACAACCCGGUACCCCGAGCAGCAGAGUCCGAGCCACUACCCUUGAUAUUCCCGGCCUGACCAAAUCCAAGGUCUCCCCCGAUGGCCGAAUUGCUCAGCGCGAUGUCGGUGCCAAGCUGGUCAUCGUUAUGGUCGGACUUCCUGCUCGUGGCAAAAGUUACAUUACCAAGAAGCUUGCCCGUUACUUGAACUGGCUUCAACAUGACACUCACAUAUUCAAUGUCGGUGCACGUCGUCGUGUCGCAGCUGGCAGGUCUCCCACACCGGCAACUCCUCGAGGCCAUGAGAUGGCCCCAAAAAAUGUCCACAAAGACCUCAUCGACUCUGUGCGCCGCCUGAGCGUGAGCGUUGGGACCCAGAACCAAGGCGAAUCUUCGCCACCGGAGGAAACCACUCUUCCACCCCCGAUUCUCGUAAACGGCAAGGAUACCAAGCCUUCUCCUUCACAAAAUGGAGACACGAUGGUGCCACCAUUCGAUGGCCCUGGCCUGGAAAUUCCGGACGAGGCCAUCAAAGAAGCUCCUCUGGAACCAAUGGAUCAGACUGCGAACUUUUUCGACCCCCAGAAUCAAGACGCUGUCAAGCUUCGAGAGCGUGUCGCCCUCGACACCCUUGAUGAGUUGCUCGACUACAUCCUGGACGAAGGUGGUAGCGUCGGUAUUCUCGAUGCAACCAAUAGUACUAUGGAGCGUCGCAAGGCUAUCGUGGACCAUAUUCGCAAUCGUGCUGGCCCUGAGCUGAACAUCCUGUUCCUUGAAAGCAGCUGUGUGGAUCCAACUUUGCUGGAGGCCAACAUGCGCUUGAAGCUUUCUGGACCUGACUACAAGGGUCAAGACCCGGAAAAGGCGCUAGUGGAUUUCAAGAAGCGUGUGGCUCUCUACGAGAAAUCGUACAUCCCCUUGGGCGAAUACGAGGAAAAGAUGGGCAUGGCUUUUAUCCAAAUGAUUGAUGUUGGUCGCAAGGUUGUCGCUCAUCGAACACAUGGCUUCCUCUCGUCGCAGGUUGUCUAUUACUUGCUCAACUUCAACCUCUCUCCACGCCAGAUUUGGAUCACGCGACAUGGAGAGAGCGUGGACGACCAGGCCGGUCGUAUUGGUGGAGAUUCUGACCUCAGCGAGAAUGGAAAGCGGUACGCCAAGGCCUUGGCUCGAUUCGUGAAUUCUCAGCGGGAGAAGUGGGAGCUAUACCAGCGACAGAAGGACUUGCUGAAGCACUUUCCUCCCCGUCCGGGUGACAGCACUCCCCCCAAUCCGUCUUACAUUCCCCAUGAUACGCCGCGUAACUUCUGUGUAUGGUCAUCGAUGAUGGCACGGGCUGUCCAAACCGUCGAUUACUUCAAUGAAGAAGACUAUGACGUCAAGCAAAUGCGCAUGCUCGACGAACUUCACUCAGGAAGGAUGGAAGGCAUGACCUACAAGGAGAUUCAGGAGCAGUUUCCCGAGGAGUAUGCUCACCGCAAGAAGGACAAGCUCUUUUACCGAUACCCAGGCCCUGGUGGAGAAGGGUACCUUGACAUUAUUAACCGCACUCGGGCCGUCAUUGUCGAGGUGGAGCGUACCACUGAUCAUGUCCUGCUGGUCAGCCACCGGUCCACCGCUCGCGUCCUCCUUGCAUACUUCCAGGGCCUGGAACGUGACCAGGUCGCCAACCUGGAUGUUGAGAUGGGGGUGCUCUACAUGUUGGAGCCUAAGCCCUACGGGGUUGACUUCAGGGCCUACCGAUACAACCCUGAAACCGAUUGGUUCGACUUCGUUCCCGAUUACCAAUUGAAGCAGGUGAAUGGGCCUCCCACGACCCAAGCAUGA